CCUGCCCCUUUCCUCUUCACAGAAUCCAAGCGAUGUGUGAAAUCGAAUCCAUGGCGGAGCUAAUCUUCAUUCCUUCUCCUGGAAGAGGUCACUUACUCGCCAAUCUCGAAAUGGCGAAGCUCCUCGUCUCCAGAGAUCGCCGCCUCUCCGCCACCGUGCUUGUCAUCCGCCCCUUCUACGACCCCGCCAGCGCCGCCCACUCCUACGCCGCUCUCGCCGGCGACGGCUCCGACUCCAGGAUCCGAUUCGUCGACAUAUCCGACCCGGCCGCUCUCGCCCUAUCCGACCCGGAAGGCUCAACCUCCCCGUUCCACUACAUCGCUAAUCACAAGGAUCGCGUCCGGGAAGAAGUUUUCAGAAGAAUCCAGGACUUCAAGGAUUCCGAUCGCCGUCUCGCCGGAUUCGUAGUUGACAUGUUUUGCACGCCGAUGAUCGACGUCGCCGGCGAGUUCGGCGUCCCAACCUACGUUUUCUUCACGUGCGCGGCGUCGACUCUCGGGGUCAUUUUCCAUUUCCAAAAAUUGAGGGAUUCCGAUCACCGGGACAUCACCAAGUAUGCCGACCAGAUGGUGUCAGUGCCAUCGUUUAGAUUUCCGGUCGCCGGAAAAUUGAUGCCGACGGGACUGCUUGAUAUUGACGGCGGCGACGCAAAGUUAAUAGAUCUAGCGAAGAGGUUUAGAGGAACCAAGGGAAUCUUGAUCAAUACUUUCUAUGAAUUGGAAUCUUACGCCAUUGAUUCGCUUUUGGCGGGCGAAAAGAUUCCCCCGGUUUACCCGGUCGGCCCGGUUCUUUCCCCGGGUGAAGAUAAGAAUCGUAACGAUACAAUGAAAUGGCUCGACACCCAACCAGACAAGUCGGUGGUGUACUUAUGUUUCGGGAGCAAAGGUACAUUCAAAGAAGUUCAAUUAAAGUUGAUUGCAACCGCCUUAGAAAGAAGCGGAUACAGAUUCUUAUGGUCUCUGCGGAAACCCCUUCAAAAUCAACAAAUGUACCGGACACCGGGUGAGUACGAGAAUCCGGAGGAAGUUUUGCCUGAAGGCUUUCUCGAACGAACCAAAUCCGUCGGAAAAGUCAUCGGGUGGGCCCCACAAGUGGCCGUGUUGUCACACGGUGCCGUUGGAGGUUUCGUGUCGCACUGUGGAUGGAAUUCGACCUUGGAAAGCUUGUCGUGCGGCGUGCCAUUGGCGACGUGGCCAUUAUACGCGGAGCAACAAUUGAACGCAUUUUUGCUCGUGAAGGAGUUGCGAGUUGCCGUCGAAAUUAAAAUGGACUAUAAGCAGAGUAACAAUGUGAUCGUAGGUGCCGACGAGAUUGAAAAUGGAAUUAGACGGUUGAUGGAGGGCGGAAGUGAAAUUAGGGCCAAUGCGGAAGCCCUCAAGGCGGAAGCCCUCAAAGCAACGGACGGAGCGGCGGGGCGAGAAAGGGGAUCGGCAUCCAAGUAUUUGAGGCAAUUCAUCGAUGAUGCCGUGAAGAAUAGCCUACCAAAUGAGACUAAGAAUUGACGAGUUUUGUGGUCAAAAUUUUGUUUGAAUUUAUUUUGCCUAUGUUUUUAUAAAAUAAAUUUAGUUUUUAAACAAAAAGUGUAAUAAUUAUUUUAAAGAAUAUUACAUGUAUAUUUUCAUUUAAAAAAUAUAAUAUUAUAU